AUGCCCGUCAGCCCCCCUUACAAUAUCACCAUUACGAAUAACAGUUCAUAUACCUUUACCGCGAUUAUCAGACCUAUCUUCCUCCUGCCCAAAAAUUUCCUGACGACCCCAACUACAGUCAACCCUUAUAGCUCUCAGGUCUUCACCGCGACUAACGACGAAAAUUCCAUAUGGUUCAAAGUCAGCGCCCCGUACACUACAACCGACCUUCUUGUUUGGGCGGUCAACGACGGUUCUAGUUGGAGUGCUCGAGCAGCUUGGGUCGAUGACCUCGAUGGCGGCGUUAGGGUCAUUCCUUCGGAUAUACACAUCAUUGCUAAUGCCGCUGGGUCUGGUGGCCAUACCAUUACUAUCCAACCUGGAGCGGCAAAACGGGCAAUCUCGGGAGACGAUACUGAUAGCCUAGCGGCAUUAGCCAUCGUUAAUGCUGCUAGAACUAAAGCGAAACGCUUUAGAGCGUAG